AUGCAGCUUGAACGUUUCCACGUCUCAGCCACCGGCCACAGUCUGAACUACCUCCCCGAAUACAUCGCCCAGAGACACGGUUUCUUCCGCGAACAAGGCCUGGAUGUGACCGUCACGGUCCCGAAACCCUGGGAUCGCGUCCUCGACGAGCUGGCCGACGGCACCGCCGCAGCAGCCCUCGGCGGCGUCUGGGUUCCCAGUAUGUACCACAACCGGGUGCGCGACUACGUCGCCUUCGCACAAGUCGCCAACCGCGCGCCUCUUGCCAUCGUGGGCAGGCGGUCUCUCGACAAAACGCAACCCUUCGCGCUGGCCGAGACGGUAGGCAGGACGGUGCUGAUGAAGGGCAGCAACGGCGCCAGCGUCGGCCUUUACUUCAAGAUGAUCCUCCGUGAAAACGGAGUGGACCCGUCUGCUGUGAAGUACGUCCAAGACCUGGACGGCGCGAUGUUGGGAGAGCUGUUUGCGGGUGGGAUGGGUGAUUUCCUGGUUGUCGAUAACCUCUCGGCCCGAGCCCUCGUUGCUCGCCACGCGGACAAGAUCGAGAUCAAGUUCGAAGCUGUCUCGGAGGGCGGGGAGAUCCCUUGGAGCGUCUACUACCGAGACGCUUCAACCAUCACGCCCGAGGUGCUCGACGCUCAGGAGCGCUUCUGUAUUGGUCUCGGCAAGGCGAUGGACUGGGUGCUUGCGCACGAUGCCGAGGAGUUCAGGGAGGAGUUGGCAGAGAUCUUCCCGCAGAUUCCGGUGGACGUUACUGUUGAGUUGACGAAUGUCUUUAGGAGGGACGGUAUGUGGACGUCUCCCGUCGUGUCUCGUAAGGGGUAUGAGCGAUGGCAGAAGGGAAUCUGUGACGGAUACCUGGUUGAGAAACCCCUGUCAUACGAGGUCAUUGUCAACGACGGGCCUUCGCAAGCUGCACUCCGUAAGAGAGAAGCAGCCUGA